UUUUGACUACCUAGCCACUGUGGCACCGACUGCCUGCCAGGCUAGCAGAAGUGUCUGCAUGUGAAUUAAGGAACUAGUAUUCUACGUUCCCUAGUACAUGCUAGGAAUAAAAUUUAUUUUAGCUUUUAGGCAGCCUUACAUUUUGUGGAUGUAUCCUGUCUUUCUGUUGGUGACUCCCGACAAUGGAGAACAAGUCGAAUGCUCCGUUCAUUGGCAUCCUCACUGAUAUCAAAGGAAGGCUGCCCUGCUAUAAACAGGACUGGAUCGGUGGAUUUACAGCAGGAUUCAGAAUAUUGGCUCCCACUGCAUACAUUUUUUUCGCUUCAGCUCUUCCCGUCAUAGCCUUUGGGGAGCAACUUGGCAGAGAUACAGAUGGGACAUUGUCAGCUGUGCAAACACUGGCUUCCACAGCUCUGUGUGGGAUAAUACAUUCCAUUUUAGGCGGCCAGCCAUUGCUGAUCUUGGGUGUUGCCGAGCCAACAGUCCUCAUGUAUACCUACAUGUAUAACUUUGCAAAGGGCAGAAGUGCUCUAGGACAUCGCCUGUUUCUGGCGUGGGCAGGAUGGGCAUGUGUCUGGACUUCUCUCCUACUCUGUUUACUUGCAAUAUUUGGGGCUGCCGCAGUAAUAAGCAGAUUUACAAGAGUAGCUGGAGAACUGUUUGGCAUGCUAAUCGCAGUCUUGUUCAUGCAAGAAGCCAUCAAGGGUGUUGUAGAAGAGUUCCGAGUACCUAAACGGGAGAAUCCCAAUAAUGAAGAAUUUCAAUUUCCCUGGCUUUUUUCAAAUGGUUUAUUUGGGCUGUUAUUGUCCUUUGGCCUAUUGAUCACUGCCUUAAAAAGCAGAAGGGCACGGGCUUGGCGAUAUACUACAGGUUGGUUGCGAGGUUUUAUAGCAGACUACGGAGUUCCAUUGAUGAUUGUAGUCUGGACAGCUGUGUCAUACUCUGCACCAAACAAAGUACCUUCAGGCAUCCCUAGAAGACUGUCUAGUCCUGACCCAUGGUCUCCGGGAGCUUCAUCUAAUUGGACAGUUAUUAAGGAUAUGCUUGAUGUACCCCCUUUGUACAUUUUGGCAGCAUUUAUACCUGCUAUUAUGAUAGCGGGACUUUAUUUCUUUGAUCACAGCGUGGCAUCCCAAAUGGCCCAACAGAAAGAAUUCAAUCUGAAAAACCCAUCAGCUUACCAUUAUGACAUACUUUUGCUAGGAUUCAUGGUGUUGUUAUGUGGACUGAUUGGUAUUCCUCCUUCAAAUGGUGUUUUGCCACAAUCUCCUAUGCAUACUAAAAGUCUUGCAGUAUUGAAGCGACAGAUGAUCCGGAAAAAAAUGGUACAAAGUGCAAAGAGAAGCAUUGAACAACAAGCCAGUAAAACAGAGAUUUAUGGCAAUAUGCAGGAAGUGUUUAUCGAAAUGGAGCCGAAUGGGCCUACAUCAAAGGAUUUCCAUGAACUUAAGGAUUUGAAAAAGUUAGUCCUCAAGAGUACAGGAAAUGAAAUGGAUGGAAAUGCUUUUGAUCCUGAAAAGCAUAUUGAGGCAUGUCUUCCGGUUAGAGUGAAGGAACAACGGCUGAGCAAUUUAGUGCAGUCUAUUCUUGUGGGUGGAUCUUUGGGAUUGAUGCCUGUCAUUAAAAUGGUUCCUAAUUCUGUCUUAUGGGGUUACUUUGCUUACAUGGCAAUAGAGAGUUUACCAGGAAAUCAAUUUUGGGAAAGGCUGCUUCUGCUUUUUGUCACUCCAACUCGCAGAUUCAAGGUUCUUGAGGACGUGCAUGCCUCAUUUGUGGAAACAGUGCCCUUCAAGACCAUUGCUCUUUUUACCAUAUUUCAGUUCGUUUAUUUACUGGCAUGUUUUGGAGUUACAUGGAUACCAAUAGCAGGGAUACUUUUCCCAAUCCCUUUCUUCUUGUUAAUACCGCUUAGACAGUACUUGCUUCCCAAGAUAUUUGAAGCAAAGUACAUAUUUGAGCUGGAUGCCGCUGAAUAUGAAGAGAGUGCAGCAUAUCCUCGUCGGGAUUUGAGCCUCUCUAUUCGGGAACGUGAGACACCUAGAACUCCAAGAACACCUCGAACACCUCGAACACCUCGAGUAGGAAGAGUGGAUAGUAUCAAGGAAAUCAUUGGUGAUGCAGAAAUCUUGGAUGAAUUGACUACCAGAAGUCGUGGUGAACUGAAACUUCGGCCAAUUCACACAGAUUCCAGGGACUUUACCAACUAAAAGAAAAAGCAUCUUUUUGGGGAAAAUAUUUAUAAUAGGGAAUGUGUGCAAGGGUACAUCGUGUCUUCUUCAUAAACUAGGAUUGCCUAAAUGUGGAUGAGAAAUGACAUGAAAUUGUCUGGUAUCUGCAGAUUCACACAGAUUCCAGGGACUUUACCAACUAAAAGAAAAAGCAUCUUUUUGGAUCAGGGCAGUCCUUGACACUUAAAAUUGGCUUCAUCCAGAGAUGUCACAGCGCUUGACAAGCUUUGUAUGGCAAGUUUUCUUUUGGCAAGCUUUGUGUGGCAAAUUUUCUUUUGAAGGACAUAUAUUAGCUGUCUUAAUAUAAUCAUUCCAGAAAAUUGCAUAAGAGUCUGAGACUCUGAAGUAUGUUGCCGAGCUGAAGAUUGAAGCAUUGAUUGCAUAAACAAAUUUUGUGACCAUUUUGUUCACAAAGGAGGAUGUUACCAUCAUGGCAGACUGUUGCUACUUGCUUUGGUCUGAGUCACACCAAAGGAUGGAUCUAUUUAUGAACAUAGCUUGCAUAUCAAUUUGUGUAAUGAAGAAGCCCAUGAAAAGUUUUAGAACCAAGCAAGGGUUAUGGGCAUAAUUUAACAAAGUGCUUGCCUUGCUGAAGCAAAAGAAAUUUGAAUUUAUCAUUAUGUAAAUGCAUAAAGUUAAGGACAGAGUUAUUCUAUAUAUAGAUUUGAUGGGAAAGAAGAUUCUAUUCAAUGUUUUCCAUUUCUUA